AUGCAGGCCCUCCCAGCAGGCAGGGGUGUGCUGAUGGAGUUCUAUGCCUCUUGGUGCCCGGCCUGCAAGCAUUUUCAGCCGCACUAUGAGAAGGUUUCUGCCUACUUCUAUGGGUCACCCCGGCCCAAGCCCGAGGUCUAUGUGGCGCGCGUAGACUGCGCCACCGAGGCAGCGUUAUGCAGCCGCUUCAGCGUGGGCCACUACCCGACGAUGAAGUUUGGCAAGCCGGCUGCGUUUGGGGUGGGCAAGGAGGGCCAGCUAGAGGAGUACAAUGGGGUCAAAGGCGAGAAGGAAAUCAUUGAAUGGAUCGGCAAGCUUCAAUCCACGGCGUAUGACUACAAUCCAGACAAGGGCGGGGAGGCUAGCCAGCAGGAGGCCCCUGGCGUGCAAGCCUCCGCCACCAACGCCCCCAAAAUGGCCCAGCAUGCGGAUGUGAGUGAUCUGGAAAGUUCCACAAUUCUGGCGUUCCGUUACAUUGCAGACAUAGGCUCUGGGCUUGAGGGCCUGGAGAAACGGCAGGCUCUGAAGGACUGGAUUGACCUCCUGGCUGCUAGCCACCCCAUAGACAGGUGCCGGGCGGGGGCUCAGGCGGCGCAGGAGGCGCUGCCAAAGCUGUGGCCGCCUAACCAGGCAACCGGCCCCGGGCAGGCCAUCAAUCAGAUCUCCAUCUGCGGAGAGAAAGCCACGGCCAAGGAGUGGGGCAGCUGCAAGGGAAGCCGGGAGAACAGCCGCGGGUUCACGUGCGGCCUGUGGCUGCUGCUGCACAGCUUGGCCGCCCGCGCCACCCCCGAAGCCACCGGGGGCGCCUUCUGGAUGACCGCCGUCAGGCAGUACGUGCAGCAGUUCUUCAAGUGCUCAGAGUGCUCACAGCACUUUGAGGCGAUGGCUGCAGAGGAGUCGGCUGCGCUAGUCACCUCCCGCCGUGAUGCCGUGCUCUGGUCCUGGCGAGCCCACAAUAUUGUGAACAAGAGGGUGGCGAAGCAGGAGGCGGCGGACCAUAGUGGGGACCCUUUCUUUCCCAAGGUCCAGUGGCCGUCCCCAGAGGCGUGCCCUCUCUGCCGCAUGCCAACUCUCGCAGCGCAGAGCGCCGACAGUGAGCCGGAGUGGAAUGAGGACGAGGUGUUCCGCUUCCUCAUGGCCUUCUACGGCGAGAGUGCCAAAGCCAACGCUGCGGCCACCCUUUUUGGAAACAGGAAGGCGCUGCGUACGAAGGCGACCGAGGACAGCGGGGGGACCACGCGAAGCUUCCUGCAGAUCGGCGUCAUAAUCUUAGUAGUGCUGGCGGCUGCGAUGGCCGUGCUGCGGCGGCGGACGGCAAACGCGCGCAAGAGCGGCUACGCGCUCUUAUGAUGGUUGAGCCCGUGGGGCGCCGGCAGCAGGUCGGCUUCACAUGGGCAACAGAACGGCUACACAAGACUCUGGCACAAUGGCAGCGGCCUCAUAACAAAGGCAGCAUAGUGCAAGCUGCCGAGGAAGCAGCAGCUGCCACUCGUUGAAUUGGUGUAUUUGGUGUUGAAUGCUUAUUCGUGAACCUUUUGACAGAUGUAGCAGGGCUGUAGAUGUUGAGCAGUUGAGCAUUGUUUGUUUGACUCUCUGGUCUUUAAAGAAUAAGAGCA